AUGUCUCGCCGUCCCAACGCGGCCCAGGCGGCCCAGAACCAGCAGACUAUCAAAGCACUGCUGAAACUAGAGACCAACAAGACAUGCGCCGAUUGUAAACGCAAUAAGCAUCCACGAUGGGCUUCUUGGAAUCUCGGCAUCUUUAUCUGCAUUCGUUGUUCGGGCAUUCAUAGGGGCAUGGGCACCCAUAUCAGCCGGGUGAAAUCUGUGGAUCUCGAUGCGUGGACCGAUGAGCAGCUUCAAAGUGUAGUGAGAUGGGGCAACGCCAGGGCGAACAAAUACUGGGAAGCGAAGCUAGCACCCGGCCACGUCCCUUCAGAUGCAAAAAUCGAGAACUUUAUCAGGACUAAAUAUGAAUCCAAACGCUGGGUUAUGGAUGGUGGAAUUCCCGACCCCGCAACGCUGGAUACUGGUGAUGACGAUGUCCCUCUGGCCGUCGUUCAGGAGAAGGCCAAAAUCGAGCGCUCUGCUUCGCAAAGGGUGGCGCCCGCCGCUCAGCCAGCAGUACAUCGCCCACAAGCCUCUAUUGAUCUCUUCGCGGACGACGACAUCUCUCCCCCGGUCCGUCCUAGCACCACCGAGCCCUCAAUCCGGGCCCCUCCCAAGCAGCCACAGUCCGCCCAGAAAACAGCCGCUCGACCUGGAGACUCGUUGCUCGGCCUAGACUUCUUUGGCAGUGCGGCUCCGGCGGCGACUAAUCGCCCUGCCAGCGUCGCCUCCACGCCGGCGGGCGGAAUGUCAAGGCCGGACCUCAAGCAGUCUAUCCUUUCCCUUUAUUCCAAGCCCCCGCCUGCCCCAGUACACCAUGAGCGCACAUCAUCCUUUGGGGAUCUGGCCUCCCCAGCCCCUCCUCAGUCGACCUCCUCCUCUAAUAUGGGCGGGUUGACUGACGCCUUUAGCGGGUUGAGCUUCCCGACAUCUCCUCCUGUCCAGCAGAAGCAAACCGAGAAACCCUCGCCAUUCGCAGGAUUAACAAGCUUUGCAAACACCAAAUCAGCCCCGGCAGCUCCCAAGGUGACGUCGCCGACCCCUUCCUCAGGUAGCGCAGGUGGUGGUGGUGGUGGUUUGUUCGACAGCCUCACGUCCCCCACAUUCCCUCCCGCGAAACCGCAGUCCCGCACCACCUCGGUCUCGUCAAACGGACACGAUUUUGGUGGUUUCUCUAGCUUCCAGUCACCCCCUCCGCAGCCAAAGCCCAACCCCCCCUCGUCUUCACUCUCCAACGACCUUUUUGGAUUCUCGUCACCUCCGCUUUCUACGUCCUCGAUCUCUCCACCCCCUGUGCGAGCGCCACCAACAACAACUUCUCCCCAGCAGGAGCUAAAGUCAGCCUUCAAUCUCAGCAGCCCCGCCCCCCACUCAGCUGGGGCACCCAAGACAGUUAGCCCACCUUCCAUCCCUGGCCUCAGCGCUGCGACACUUGAUCCAUGGGGUGCAAAUGCGUGGAGCACCCCGGAACCCCCAGCACCCGCCGCGGCCCCUCUCGCUCCCCAGCCAUCCUCCACCAUGAAGCUCCCUGACACAUUGACCGCGAACGACAUUGGCGCUGGCUGGGGUGCUCCGGCAGCAUCCACCAAACCCCCAGCACCAACUGUCGCGGAAGACGAAGACUUUGGUGGCUGGGCUAGCGCCGCCCCGAUCUCCACGAACACGACCACGACCACGAGUACUUCUAAUGCGAAUGCUUCAUCUAAACCAGCAGGCAACUUUGGGGGAGCUGAUGAUUUGUUCUCUAAUGUCUGGGAGUAG